UUAACCUAUUGGCGGGAAAAGAGAACAAAAGUGCCCGUCUUCCAACUCCGAGCAUUCUCCCAUGGAUUCCGACGCCGAUUCCGAUGGCUCUCACGUAUCCUCAACACCACCACGUCACCCUCUUCCACCUCCACAGUUCCCGUCGCGCCGUGCUCUUCUUGCUACUGCCAAAUCAAGAACUCAACCCAAAAACACCUCUACCAUUUCCUCAAAAUUUUCCCGCCCAAUGCUAAGACCAAAAAUCUCAACCAAAAAACCCAAAAAAUCCAAGGACGAUACCACCAUUCAAACCCAACAGAAUCUCUCCGAUUUACCGGUCCACAUUCACCCAAACGACACCGUUUCUAGUGAAGCUCCACCUUCUGGAGGCUCAUGUAAUUCGAAAUUUGCGUCCUCUUCUAAAACCCAGGAAACCCAAAUUCAAAAUCCAUCAUCGCCACCAAAAUUCUCCGAUUUGCCAUUCCAAAUCCACCGUUCGGUAAAUGCCGUUUUGUCCCAUGACAAUAGUUCCGGUGAAGUUCUUCCUGCAGGUGGCUUGUGCUUACCGAAAUUUGCUUCAUUUUUGAAAACCCGCAAAACAAUUCUCAAUUUUGAGCCUGUUGAAGCUGGUUCUAUUGACCCCCAGUUGGUCCAAGUGAAUGAAAAGGAAGCAGUUGAUUCGGGUUGUCGGGCGAAAGCUGUGAGGAAAUAUCCUAAUUUAAUAGGGAGCAAUGCGUCGUCUUUGUCUUCAUUGCCGGUAAAGAAGGUUAAAUGUGCUAAUGAAGGUAACUUUGUAAGGCUGAACAUAAAUGGUUAUGGUAAAAAGUUUGCAUCCAAAUUCAAAAGAAGGAAUUUUAAUUCAUCAAGUGGUAAAAAGUUCUACAGGAGAUGGAAAAAGAAAGUUAGAGUUGAAGGUAAGGAGGGGGAAAAUGGCUUGUGUGAUGAAGAAGGUUUGGUUGUGGAAGUUAAGGGAAGAGGGGAAAGAUUGGGUUUUGAUGCAGAGUUGAUUGAAGAAGCUGUGAUGGGAGUUAGAAAUGAGGCGUCAGAUGAGAAUUUGUUGAGGUUGUUGAAACUCACUUAUGGGUAUGAUUCAUUUAGAGAUGGGCAGUUGGAGACACUCAAGAUGGUGCUUUCAGGGAAAUCUACAAUGUUGGUUUUGCCAACAGGUGCUGGGAAGUCGCUGUGUUAUCAGUUGCCAGCAAUGGUUUUGCAGGGAGUUACCGUCGUUAUUAGCCCCUUGGUUUCCUUGAUGAUUGAUCAGUUAAAGCAGCUGCCCGCUGCAGUUGAGGGUGGUCUUUUGUGUAGCAGUCAGACACCUGAGGAGGUCUCGGAAACGUUUAGGUUACUAGAAGAAGGAUCCAUUAAGGUCCUUUUUGUUUCACCAGAGAGGUUUCUCAAUUCGGAUUUUUUAUCCAUUUUUUGUAACACUCAAAUCUCACUUGUGGUUAUUGAUGAAGCCCACUGUGUUUCUGAAUGGUCACACAAUUUUCGGCCUUCAUAUAUGCGGCUUAAAGCAUCAUUGUUGCGGGAUAAACUGAAGGCUCAAUGCAUACUUGCAAUGACAGCAACAGCAACUACUAAAGCAUUGUAUCAUGUGAUGCACGCAUUGGAUAUUCCAUCAACUAAUCUUAUCCAAGUAGUGAAACCAAGGGAUAACUUGCAGUUAUCAGUAUCUUCGAGCGAAAACAGGAUGAAAGAUUUGAUGACCUUGCUGAAGUCUUCCCCCUUUUCAGAGGCUAAAAGCAUUAUCAUUUACUGCAAAUUUCAGUCAGAAACUGAUUUCAUUUGCAAAUAUCUAUGCGACAAUAAUAUCUCAGCAAAGAGUUAUCACAGUGGAAUUUUCGCAAAAGAUAGGAGCCGUACGCAGGAACUGUUUUGUGCAAACAAGAUAAGAGUGGUUGUUGCAACUGUGGCAUUCGGCAUGGGACUCAAUAAGAAGGAUAUUGAAGCUGUAAGAUUUGAUCUUGGUUUUCCUAUAUUCAGCAUUUUGUCCGUAAAUACUUAUUCUGCUAGUGGAUGGUUCCGGAUCUCAGUUCAACUCAACGUAAUACAUUACAGCUUACCAGAAAGCUUGGAAGAGUAUGUCCAGGAGAUUGGCCGUGCUGGACGUGAUGGUAGAAUCUCUUACUGCCAUCUGUUUUUUGAUGAUGUUUCCUAUUUUAAGAUUCGCAGUCUUAUGUACAGUGAUGGUGUUGACGAGUAUGUGGUGAACAAAUUGCUGUGUCAAAUUUUCAGUGGCAGCACAACCUCUGCUGGGAUAAUAUGUUCAUUAGUUAAAGAGUCUGCUUGUCGUAAAUUUGAUAUGAAAGAAGAGGUAAUAUUAACAAUUUUAACACAAUUGGAGCUAGGUGAGGUCCAAUACUUACACUUGCUCCCACAGACGAGUGUAACAUGCACUUUGAACUUCCACCAGACUUCACCUGCAUUGCUAGCUAUGAAAGAUGCUGUAGUUGCUGCUAUUCUGAAGAACUCCGAGAUCAAAGAUGGGCAGUAUAUAUUUGACAUACCAAGUGUAGCUAACAGCAUUGGACUGCAAAUUGUUGACUUGUCAAACCAUUUGCAAACUCUGAAGAUUAAGGGGGAAGUCAGGUAUGAGCUGAAGGAUCAAGCUUAUUGUUAUGUUAUCAUGAACACCCCAAAGGAUAUCUGUUCUUUAGCAACAUGGCUUACAAAGUGGUUAUCUGAAGUUGAGAGUUGUAAGGUAAGGAAGAUGGACACAAUGUAUGAUGCUGCUGUAUUUGCAACAGAAGCAUGUGACGAAGUGCAUGGUUGCCGUGACCAUCAACAUACACCUUGCUUGCAAAGGAAGAUUACAGAAUAUUUUGUAAAUGGUACUGAAGUUGAGGUUCCUAAGAGGAUUGGUGGAAGCAGCCCAUUUUUGACAGCUGACAUAAAGGUGUUUCUACAGUGCAAUUCAUAUGCCAAAUUUACUCCCAGAGCCAUUGCAAGGAUAUUGCAUGGUAUUGCAAGUCCAGCAUUCCCGUCUGCUGUUUGGUCGAGAACUCACUUCUGGGGAAGGUAUAUGCAAACAGACUUCAAAGCAAUAACCGAAGCAGCAAAGGCAGAGCUCAUGAAACUUGUAGGGAAGGAUGCUCUUUAAUGAGGUUAUCCCCAUGUUAUGACACAUUGAGAUUUGACUUAAAAUGCUACAAAAUGGUGAACUACCAUCAGCUAUCUAAGAUAUGCUGUUAUAGUUCUCUCUUGUCUCCUUUGAUUGAGCAUGAAAGCUAUAUCCUCUUUCUUUUCUUUUCUUCCUGUGCUUGCAUGAGUAGGAAUGCAUACAGGUGGCAUUUUUCUGCUAGCACUUUUAGGUGAUUCACAACAUUAAGAACUUCUAAUACUUUCCAAAGGCAAAUACUUGAAGAAAACAAAAGCUACACAUCAACUGUAUCCUGCAAAUGACGCAAGUUCUAUUUCACAAUUUGUUUCAUUAGAACAGAUCCAUUAGUGGCUAGCUAACCUGAUCUCUUUCAUAGGGAAAGGAUAUACCUUGCAGAUUACCUUUCCGUGUUCAAGAUUGAAGGCUAGUAGAUGGUUAGAGGCGGAUCCAGGAUUUGUAGUUGAUGGAUACAUACCUCGAGAAUACUGAGUCCAGCUGAACCCAUAGCACAAAAGCUGCAUCAGCCAGCAACUAUUGAUGUGAUGGCAACACAUUUAUUCUUUGACUGUACUCUAGAGCUAGUUCUUAAAGGGAUGGGUAAAUGAUGUAUAAAAAUUGUACUAACUUCUUUUGUAUUGUAUUAUUUAUUUGUAUUUAUAAAAAGGUGCAGUUCUGGUUAAAAAA